CAACAAUAUCCAACAUCACAGACUUUUAAAAAUGCCACCUUCGAUAUCUUCCUUACUGACCAGGCUGCAUCUUCAUUCAUCAGAUCUCUCCCAAGAGCUAGUCAGGCCUGUUCUCAGCGUAGUUGAAGAGUCCCAAAAGCAAGCAGAAGAUAAAGCAGAUCUCCCUUCCAUACAACAAUGUGCCAUCCACUUUGAAAUGUUGGAAGCAUUUUACGCCCUUCGGAAGCGGGUUACUGCCUCGAGGAAGCUGGCGAAAGCUCUUAUCCGUAUACAUAUCAAAAAGAGCCAUGGGAAGGCUCACAAAGAUCGAGAACUCUCCGACACAUGGUACCGAUUUCUAUCGAUCGCGGUAGUCAGGUUCCAGAAGUGGAUUCGCGCGACGGAUCAUCAUCUGAGAGCUAAACAGCCAGAGAUGAAUGACCCUAUUGUUCUACCUCCGCUUGACAUUCUAAUGGUAUGGCAUGCCUUUCUGCUCAAUCCACACGACUUUUCUGGAUAUUGCAUCUCGAAUCAUCUCAACCACAUUCGGGAUCUCUCGUUCCCCUGGACAGCAGUACAUCAAGCACUAUCCCAAGAAAACUGGAACUACACUCUGCCCGACCGCACGGCAACCUGGCUCUUCGACGAGCUCAACAUCGCCCCAGACCUAAUCAUGGCACUCCAACGCAACGAAGCCAUGACCGCCAAGGACAUUGCUACUACAGUCUCAGCAGAGAACACCCCGCUGAUCGACAACAUCCUCCGACAAGGCAUCUUCAUCGACAAAAUGCACAAUUUGCUUUGGAUCUGUAGUCCCGCGCUCCAAGGGACCCUCGCCCGGGCACUCGCGCGCUACGAACAUUUUGUUACGUUGUUCCGCUUGCACCCAGACAAAAUCCUUGUUCCGACCUUGGAUGUAGAUCUAGUCUGGCACACGCAUCUGUGUAGCGCAGAGCUAUACGAGAAGUCGAUGCUUGAGCGGACUGGGCGUUAUAUCAAUCAUGAUGAUAAACUCGGAGAGGAGGUAUUGACUGGGGCCUUUGAAACGACCGGGGAGUUAUUCGAGGCUGCAACAGGGGAGAUUUAUGGGGUUUGCUUCUGUUGGGAUUGUGAGGCGAUGCGCUCGGCUGGAGAGAUGGUCGGGGGUGAAGUUGGGGCGGACGCGCGAAAGAAGGUUGAGGAAGAGGUGGACUCAUACUGGCGAGCUGAAAUGGCCAGGCAGAAAUAGGUAGUUGGCUAUGGAUGCUUUGAAUCCGUGUCGUUAGUGAAGUCUUUGCCGUCAUCCCCAAAUCCAGUACCAUGGCGAAUCGCCUUGCGUUCGAUAACUCAGGAUUGUACAUGGC